CCUAUAGGGUGUAUGCACGAAAUCAGGCGGCGCGGUGCAUUCUGGGUGAGCGGCCAUCUUGUAGUACUCCUUAGCAGACGCCAGCCACAGUCGCUGCCGCCGCUUCGAAGCGAAGCGUGUGUCUGGUGUCGUUUAGCGGGUCACCAUGGUUUAUUGCGCUGUUGUGAGGUGCUCGAGCCGCACCCAGACCAAGGCCGUGAAGCUGAAGACGAAUGAGAAGGACUGUGCAUUUUUCAAGAUCCCGAAGGUGCGCAGUCGAGAAUGCGAAAAAACGAAGGAGCUGUGCAAGCGGAGGCGCCGCGAAUGGAUCGCACGCAUCAACAGGCGCGGAAUAGACGAGAACCCGGAUAAAUACUGGGUUUGUUCGCGGCAUUUCUUGUCAGGUCAGCCGUCGGACCUCUUCGACCACUGCAACCCCGACUGGGCCCCAUCGCAGUGCUUAGGUUAUGGGAACAUUUUGGCGAACAACGAGCGAUAUAACCGCCAAAACUCACGCGCACAACGCCGAUCAUUUGCUCCCGGUGCUACAGAUGCUUCCAAAGGUGGAGACAGCCCUGCACAUGAGAUUGAUGCAGGAGCUACCAGUGGAAUUUCCAUGGAUAUGGAAAGCUCUCCACACACAAAUGAGGCCGAGCCUGACAAGAGUUGGGAGCCACGAAUUGACACUGCUUGCCAGACAGAUAUGACAAUAACAGAUGUCGCCGAACUAGAGGAAAAACUCUCAACCUGCCAACGACAACUGGAUGAAUGCCAGGGUGUUCUUCGGUCACAGACUUUCACCGAGGAUAGUCUUCAGGGAAACGGCAAAAAGGUUGCCUUCUACACUGGACUUCCUACAUUUGUAGUGUUGCUUCGUGUAUUUGAUCUUUUGAAAGACCACAUUUCAUACUCGGGGAAGCACUCACUGACCCAGUUCCAAGAAAUGGUGUUGUUUCUAAUGCGAAUGCGGCUAGGCUGCCCAUUCCAAGACCUUGCCUAUCGCUUUGACAUUGCACAGUCGACAGCUUCAAGAAUAUUUGACAGGUGGUUGGAUGUAUGUUUUGACAGACUUGGACUACUGGUGCGUUGGCCGGAAAAGGAGGAAAUCAUGAAAACAAUGCCAAUGGCCUUUGUGGAGAACUUUGGCCUGAAAGUACGCGUGAUAUUGGACUGCUUUGAAGUGUUCAUUGAUCGACCAAGCUCGUACCUGCCUCGAGCAGAGACAUGGUCGGCAUACAAACACAAUAAUACUGUGAAAUUUCUGCUGGGAAUAUGUCCACAGGGUUCAGUUACGUUUUUGUCACAGGCAUUUGGUGGUCGAGCCAGUGACAAAGCCAUAACAGAGGAAUGUGGGGUACUGAACCUGCUUGAAUACGGGGAUGUUGUGCUAGCCGACAGGGGUUUCCUGAUAGCGGAAAGUGUGGGUUUGUGCCAUGCAUCCCUGGUUACACCUGCUUUCACUAAAGGAAAAAGACAAUUGAGUAGCAGUGACAUUGAGCGGACAAGAGAGAUAGCAAACGUAAGAAUCCACGUGGAGAGAGUAAUAGGAAUGGUGAGAAACAAGUUCACCGUACUGAAAGGGAGCCUCCCUAUUGAAGCCCUGAAAGCAAAUGAGCACGGGGAAUGCCAAAUAGACAAAAUUGCUCGUGUGUGUUGUGCCCUUACAAAUCUUUGCAAUUCUGUAGUGUCAUUUGAUUAAAGGGUGGCUACGCUCCUGCCGUUUACGUUGCUGUAA